UUAUAUGUGUAUCCUCUUGAGAAGGUCAGCUCAGUCCCUGAAAAGAAAGUGCUUACAGAAGAUGGAUUGCAGAAUAUUUCUCUUUGUCUUUCUUUCCACCUUUUGGCACCUCUCUGAACAGUGCAUGAUUUCUAAUGACCAGCGGUCUGAAGAGUCAAAGCUGUUGACGAUGAUGGUCAACUCCAUUGAUGUCCUGCCAUAUCCAAAUCCAAAUGUACUGAUGGCUCUGCGGCUAGCUAGAGAUCACCACCUUGGCAAAGAAAAAAAGCUCCUCCAAUUGCUGAAGGAAGAUGCAGAAAACAACAAUAUUUCUGGUCCGAAUUUUUCUUCUGGCAAGGUGGCCCUGUAUGUCUUAUCCAUAAUGGGCAGCUGUGAGAACCCAGCAAAAAUUCCUACUCAGGCUGGACAUCUCAACCUUGUGGAAGUUCUAAGUCACAAACUACAAGAUGAGUUUGAAAACAUUACAAACAGCAACUUCCCAGCUGCAAAUAAUUAUGACAUCAGCCUUUCAGUGCUGGCACUCUGCAUGGCGAAUGGUCAGCUCCCACCAGCCAGUGUCGAAUACCUUUGUAAUGCGGCAGUUACCACCACAUCAAAUGGCAUGCUUUCUGUUGAUGCUGCUGCAGUUGCUGUACUUGGUCUCCACUGUGUAGACAAAGACAGGAAGAAUAGUGCAAUUCAGGCUUCAAUGGCUUCUCUCGUGAAGCAAAUCUUGGAUGCACAGACUACAGAUGGCACCAUCGGGAGCAUAUACACCACUGGUUUGGCUAUGCAGGCCUUAUCUGUAACCUCUGACUUGUACUUUGCCACAAGCUGGGACUGUGGCUUAACCCUGAAGAAACUGGUGAAUGAGGUUGCAAAUGGAAAUUUCAGUGAUCCCACGGCAGCAUCUCACAUCAUUCCACCAAUAGAGGGAAAGACCUACCUGGAUCUGAAUAAGCUGAACUGUUCAGCUGAUCGAGAUAACUUGACCAUGACUGAUGCAUCAUCCCCAGUGUAUCCUGCCAUCACUGUAAUAUUCUCAGUGCAAGAUGGGAUUAAUAACACCUUCAGUUACUCAACCUCAGUUACUGUGCCAUUUGCAUCAAGUCUUCUCACAGUAAUGCAGAAAGCAAAAGAAAUGCAACCUGACGAAUUCAGUUUUGAAACUAAGGACACCCCGUUUGGGACUAAGGUAGUGAAAAUACAUAAUCUGGAAAGCAACACUGAUGAUGGCAUCUACUGGCUAUUCCAGGAAGAUGGGGAAUUGAUUAGACAAGGAGUUAACAAUUACAUAGUACAGGACAGUAGCACGAUUGUUGCCACAUUUUCAGUCCUGAAUUCAACACAAUGGAAGAUCUCUGCCUAAGUUAUGAAUACUACAAGCAAAGUAAUUAACUCUAUAGUAUUAGAGGAAAUCCAAUCUGCCCUUCUAUGGACUGUUGUGUCAUCUGAUAUCAUCUGCACUGAUGUGCAAGAAGCAAGAUGACAAACGUAUUGUCAGACUAAGGAAAUACAUUAAUAUUAAAUAUAUUUAGUGUUUUUUAAGCCCCGAUCAUUUCCUUUCUUAACAAUAAAACAGACUUUGAAUUUACAUACUUGGAAUUUUAAAAAAUGAAGAAUUGUGAUUGAUUAUAUUGUAGAUUUUGUACAUCCUACUGAGUACUGAAUUAACACUUCUCAGCAGCUAAAGUAUUUUAUGUUUUCUACAUGCAUCUUAGCUUUGAACACACAGAAAAAUGGAAUGAACACUUUGUUUAUUAACAUAGUAAUUGUUUAGAUUUUUUAAAUUCUGAUAUCAUAUUGCAGAAUAUACUGUGCACAAAAUGUCAUCUUCGUGUGAACAGCCAUGCUUGGCAUAAAACAUUGUUUAAUAAAUUGUAGGUGUUAAAUGCA